UAGUUCUCUUGGAAAAUAAGAUGGGAUUGGGUCUUGUUAUGGUUGGUGAAGCGGUGGCGGUUUAAAUCUUUUUAUUAUUAUUUAUUUAUUUUAACAUCCAAUCCAAAUUCUAAUUCAUAUUCGCAUAAUUCCUUCUCCGAACUUUCAAUCUCCCGGCGUUCAAAAUCUUCGGCUCCACGUAUUUCGAAAAUCAACAGGUUCAAGCGAAGAAGCCAUGGAUGACUGUUGUGCUGUUUGCGCUGAGCCGUUGGAAUGGGUUGCGUACGGACCUUGUUUGCACCGUGAGGUUUGCUCCACCUGUGUCGCGAGACUCCGUUUCAUUUGUGACGAUCGCCGUUGUUGCAUCUGUAAGACCGAUUGCAAUCUCAUUUUUGUUACCAAGGCUCUAGGAGAUUAUACAAGGGUGGUUAAUGAUUUUGCAUCCCUUCCGUCUGAGGUAAGGGAAGGAAAGGUUGGGUCGUACUGGUACCAUGAGGAUAUGAAUGCAUUUUUCGACGAUGUGGACCAUUACAAGAUGAUCAAGGCUAUGUGUAGGCUUUCCUGCAGUGAAUGUGACAAGGGGGAGGAGCAACAGAAUGAUGGGUCAAGGCGACAAGCAAGGUUUAGGAAUAUAGGACAGCUGAAGGGUCACUUGUUCCACCGUCAUAAGUUGCAUAUGUGCAGUUUGUGUUUGGAGGGAAGAAAGGUAUUUAUCUGUGAGCAAAAACUAUAUACUAGAGCCCAGUUAAAUCAACAUAUAAACACAGGUGAUUCUGAGGUGGAUGGAAGUGAGAGUGAGAGAGGUGGUUUUAUGGGGCAUCCUAUGUGUGAAUUUUGUAAAACCCCAUUUUAUGGGGACAAUGAACUGUACACACACAUGUCUACGGAACAUUAUACUUGUCAUAUAUGCCAAAGGCAGCAUCCAGGACAGUAUGAAUACUAUAAGAAUUAUGAUGACCUAGAGAUCCACUUCCGACAACAGCAUUUCUUAUGUGAAGAUGAUGCUUGCCUUGCCAAGAAAUUUGUUGUUUUUCAAUCUGAAUCAGAGAUGAAGAGACAUAAUACUAUGGAACAUGGAGGACGCAUGUCACGGUCAAAGCGUAAUGCUGCUCUUCAGAUACCGACUAGUUUUCGAUAUAAACACAAUAAUGAACAGGAUCAACGUCGUGGAAGAGGGCGAAUGUUUCGUCGCGAUCUUUCUGAAAAUCAACUUUCCAUGGCCAUUGAAGCCAGUUUGGAGACUGCUAAUGCUGAGCAAACAUAUCGUGAGCCAACUUCAAGUAGUGGGCAGAUUGCUUACGAAGACGGGGAUGCAGAUAUUGAUUCCAUCGUUCAUCCGUUUGAAUCAUUAGCUACUGCAGGUUCUGAAUCAACAUCAAGAUACCGUCAGGCCUUAGGGCAUGGCUCUAAACCACUGGUAGACUCCUCCUUUCCUCCCCUUCCCAUAACUUCCAGCAAUGGCCAGCAAAGGUCCAAACAUGAGUUUGAAGGUUCAUCAAGCAAUACUAUGGCAGCACGUUUGCGUCGGCAUGGCAACAGAAAUAUAUCUGUUAUUAACUCUGGAAAUGCCUGGUCUGUAGCAGGUCGUGGACCUGGACAAACAUCAAGUAGUCAUUCACAUUCUAAAAAGUCAACAAAUCAUGCCCUUGGAGGGUCUCAUAACUCUAGUCAGACAAAGACAGUAGUUAGCGGUGGACCCCCACCAUCAAGUUAUGCUAAUCCUAUUCCAUCUGCACAUAGAACUGCUCAUGGGCAAUUACCUGCUGGUCCAUCGUGGGACACACGUGACAAUGGUAGAAUCGUUCACUCUGCAUCAGCUCCAAACCUCGUUGAGAACAACCCUGUUGGAGUUUCAGUUUCUGAUUUUCCUCCCGUUUCUGGUUUACAAGUGAGCAAGUUAUCUACGAGCAGCCAGCCUCCAUUGAAUGUGGAGAAUGUUCAGUCUGCCAACAAGUCCCUGGUUGACCAGAUUCGCAGUACGCUUGAUUUUGAUGAAGAUAGAUACACUAUAUUUAAAGACAUAUCUGCUCAAUAUCGCCAAGGAACAAUAGAUACUGAUACAUAUGUGGACUAUGUGCAGCAGUUUGGCUUGUUUCAUCUUGUACCUGAGUUGGCAAGACUAUGUCCGGAUGCUCGGAAGCAGAGAGAACUUGUGGAGUCUUACAAUGCUGGUUUGCAAAGAAAUGCAUUUCAAGAAAGUGACAGGGUGUAUGGCAGUGCUAGCACCCAUCACAAGAACGGUAAUGUUGACAAGAAAGGUAAAGGCAAGUCAUUAGAGGUUAAGCGGAAUCAACCCACUGAGAAAUUAGCAGAUAGCUUUUUAAGCACCGUUCAUCAACUACAGUCAAAUUAUAAACCUUCAGAAGAGAAGUUGGAGGUGCUAUCAAAGGGUGCUUAUCGCAUGGACAAGGGUAAAUUUAAAACCGAGCUGCAGACUGAUACUAACACUAGCAAUCAAAAUAAGAUUAAACUUGGUGGGAAGACUGAAACGUCAAACGGCACUUUAACUAAUCAAAAUAAAGAAGACGGUGGUGGUGGGAACAAGCAACGCAAGAAAGCUUCCAAGUUCCUCAGAGUCCGCCUUGGUGAUGGUUCUGCUUCGGCCCUUCUAGAUCUUGAUAACUCACGGGCUACAUCUGAUCCUAGAGAAACAUACAGUUUAGAUGGUAACAAUAAUGAUUCUGGAGUUGGGCUGCCUGUACGUGGUGUUUGGCGGAAGGGGGGAGGUCAAAAACUCUUCCCCUGAUACCACUUGACCAUGGCUUUGAAAAUCAAGCGCAAUUGAACUUGCUCGCAAAAACCAUAGCUAAGCUGGAUUAAGGAUAAAGGAUUCAUUUUUUUUGCAUGGGAGGUAAUGUAUGACAGUAUCCAAUUUUAGUUAGAUCUAAGGUACAUCAAGCUAGCAUGGGAAUUUUGUUGUGAUGUUGAAGGUUGAAUGGGAUAAUUUUGUUUGUUUUGGGGGUAUAUUUUUGUUCAAGUGUUGAUAUGAAAGUGGGCACCAAGUGUACUGUUUUGCUUUGGUGCGUUGUUGUUUUUGUUACGAUUAGCAUUUGAGAAUUUUACUAUCUACAGUCACAAGUUUGAACCGCAGAA